GUCCGCUCCUCAGUUUCCGCCUUGAUUCCAACUGCCAUCACAGCGUAGGCAGGAGAUGCGACGAGAUGGACAGGGUGCACGACUACUACCAGUCUUAUUCGUGGCAUCAGUCUCAUGAUCAGGUCCGAGGUUUUCUGUGGGGAUGGUAUUGGCGUGUUCUGACUGCUCGUAGGCGACAGUAUUGCUGUUGGUACCGUAUGAGACGGCGGAUGAGGAUGUAUCCGUGAGUUUGGUACGGACGGCGGUUGAUUGACGUAACACAGUGCUUUAGGUCGUCAUAGAGCGGAAUUCCUUGUAGCAGGUGUGCGAGGGCAGCCACCAAUCGUAAAGGGGAGACUGUACGGCAACGUAGACACAGCGAACUCGGUCUGGCAGCUCGAGCCACGGGCAGCGCGGCCUCCGCACGCGAACGCACCACGUCAACCACCUCUACCGCAUCUGCAUCCACACACUCCUCUUUGCGUCGUCUCGGACCCAGACAUCUCCAGCAGCUUCGCGCCUCCCUCGAGAAUGGCCUCCUCUCCGACGUCGACGACCCUAUGUCCUCGCCCGCGCUCUCCUCACCCGUCUCUUCCUCUCUAGACGAGCACGGUUUCGUCUUCCCGCACCAACGCCGACAGCCACGCUCUAACCC